UGCUGCAGACGGCUUUGCAGGCGGUUUCCCCUUCAGAAGGGCUGUCCUCCGAGCAGUGAGGGUGGAGGGCAGACGGGGGUGUUCCCCCAAUACCCCGGGCAUUCCCUUCGGUUAAUUUCCAAGCGCGGAUCGGCGCGGGGCGGGCACGGCCGCUGCUCCUGGCCCGCGCUGCCUCCUGCCCCGCCCGGCGCCGCGGGCCGAGCCGGGCCGAGCCGGGCAUGGCGCCGCUGGUGCUGUACCACUGGACGCAGUCCUUCUCCUCGCAGAAGGUGCGGUUGGCAAUAGCCGAGAAGGCGCUGAAGUGCGAGGAGCACGAUGUGAACCUGCCGCUGAGCGAGCACAACGAGCCGUGGUUCAUGCGCUUGAGUUCCUCUGGAGAAGUACCCGUCCUGAUCCAUGGAGAAAACAUAAUUUGUGAGGCAACGCAGAUUAUUGAUUACCUUGAAGCGACGUUCGUAGAUGAGGGAGUACCAAGAUUAAUGCCAGAAGAGGGGAGCAUGUAUUAUCCAAGGGUGCAGCACUAUAGAGAGCUUUUAGACUCCUUGCCUAUGGAUGCCUACACACAUGGCUGCAUCCUGCACCCCGAGUUAACAGUGGACUCCAUGAUUCCAGCCUAUGCUACCAGCAGAAUCCGUAGCCAAAUAAGUAACACAGAAUCAGAAUUGAAGAAACUUGCGGAAGAAAACCCGGACCUCCAAGAUGCCUAUAUAGCAAAACAGAAGCGCCUUAAGUCUAAACUGCUGGAUCAUGAUAAUAUAAAAUACCUAAAGAAAAUACUGGAUGAACUGGAAAAAGUUUUGGAUCAGGUUGAGACUGAAUUGCAGCGGCGAAAUGAGGAAACACCAGAAGAUGGAAAUCAGCCUUGGCUCUGUGGUGAUUUCUUCAGUCUGGCAGAUGUAUCACUUGCUGUCACAUUACAUCGCCUGAAGUUUCUGGGAUUAGCAAGAAGAAACUGGGGAAAUGGAAAGCGGCCCAACUUGGAAGCUUAUUAUGAGCGUGUCGUGAAGAGAAAAGCAUUUUACAAAGUUUUGGGACACGUCAACAAUAUAUUAAUCUCGGCUGUCCUGCCAACAGCAUUCCGUGUGGCCAAGAAAAGGGCUCCCAGGGUUCUUGGCACCACCCUGCUGGUCAGCAUGCUGGCGGGAGUGGGUUAUCUGGCUUUCCUGUGUCUUCGGAAAAGAUUUGCCAACAUGGUGCUAUCGAUUAGAACCAGGCAAAAUUAUUUUUAGACCCUGUCUGUCCCUGGUGGUGAUUGGAGGACAUCUCUACUCCCCAGGAAAAUACCCUCAAUAAAAUAUAAAUGUAGAAGAACAAUUAUGUCUGUGAAGUAGAACAUUGUCACACAGUAAUCAUCUCCUGCUGCUGUAUAAUUGGGUUGGCAAUGCUGACAUGUUUUUCAAAAAUAUAUGUUGGGGGGAGGCAAAGGAAAGAAGAGACUUUUCAGCCAAGGGCCUAUAACUGUGACAGUGCUUUCUUAAAGUGGUUUGUGUCUCCUUUACCCAGCAGCUGACCUAAUUAAAAUGCUUUUAUUUAAUAGAUAUGCAGCAAUGUGACAGCUUUUCAAUGUAGAUGAAAUGCAUUACUGUGCAGAAACCAGCAUUGUUAAAAUACUGAAAAUAGCUCUUACUUUAAAUGCUCAGAGUAAGAUUUAAGUGUAACAUUGUGCCUGUUGUAUACGGGAGCAAGUUUCUCUAUACUGAUUAAUGUCUGUUGAUUUGCAGUUGGACCUUUAGGAAUGUGUUAAAAAGUAAUCUUGUGAAGCCACUUUUGUCACUGUAUGUUCAUGCAGCAGUACAGGAAAAGACCUGAAACAGGUAAGAACAGCAGUGAUUUGUGCACCACACAAGUGAAAUUCUCCAGAGGCAUCACUGGACAGCAGAUACUAGAAUUUUGCUGAAAUACAAAUGGGAGUGAAAAACCUGACACUUGUCUUUCAAAAGCCUUUUGGGCUCAGCUGCAAACUCUGGCAGAAUCAAAUCAAACUAUCUUAGUGCAUAUUUGCUGCUUUCAUUGGGGUGGCUUGAUACAGUUAGCUCCAUAUGAGUGUCCCAUGUACCCUUUCUUGUUUCACUUUGAGCACUGGCUAUUUUUUGCACACUUCUUGGCAACAUUAGCAAUUGCAUGUGCCUCUAUAAAAUAUUUGCUCACAACGUGCCACAGCCAACUAGAAAACAUAUGCACAGCAAUGCAUUUUUGUAUAAGUAAUUAAAAAUAGUUCACUAUCUAUCAGUCUGGUUAAAUUGAAGGUAAAGCUCUAAUUUAGCAAUCUCUUUACUUAUGGAUAGGGAUCGUGCUGAUGGUAAGUGAAAAAUACAGUACAGUUUGCAGACAGAUGAUUUGUACUGCUGAAUUUUUGCAAAAUUGCAGUCUUGUAGCAUGGAGGAAAGGUGUAGAAAAACAUUUUGAUUACUUCCUACUACUCAACAGAUGCUGUGAGUUUUAUUAGUUUAGAACUGAGCUCCUGUUUCAACAAGAAAUGUACAUUUACCUGAAAGUAGACAUUGAAUCAUUUUGGAGGAAAAAAAGCAUUUGGAAAGGGCUGAAAAUUCUCAUGACUGUUUGGUAAGACUUUUGUAUGCCUGAUGAAUGUUUGAAAGCCUCCGUUUUGUUUACAAGUUGUACACAGUUGCAACAAACAAAGCAUAGCUUUAAGUGUUUGCCUAUCAAGAAUCAGUGCUAAUGGGCCUAAGUACAUUUUAGGUUCGGUGCUGGUGGCUGUGGUCUCUGCACAAUUGCGUUUAGGUGUCAAGAAGAUCAUCUCAAGUUUGCUGGACAGAACUGAGGCAGUUUCUGUCUGGGCAGUCUCACCAUCUAACACAUAUCAAUAUGGAUAAAAUUAUUGAAUACUCCUGCUUAUUAUUUAAUACUGUACUAGUUGUCUAGCAAAAGUAGACCUAAAUCUCAUUACUCCUUUUCAGUAAUAAGAAGCAUCUUACCUAGGAAAAAAUGCGCUUUUUUAUUUGUUAAAAAGACACUUUUAUAUAAUUACAUUUCAUGACCCAGUUGUUCUCAAGAACUUGUUGAAUUAAAUGUGCUCUAUUUAGAAAAGCUUUAUUAUCUCUAGAGUGAGUUUAAUCCAACAAUACUAUUAAUGUACUGGCAGCUUUAACUGAGUUUGUUGUUUGUGUAUUGCAGUUCAUCUGCAUUUACUUGUAGCUAUCAAAUUCCACUAAGUUAAUAAACACAGAGUAAGACCUGUAA